AUGGCGCCCACCGCGCCCCAGCCCACCAAGAAGCCCAAGCCCAUCCCGAAAACAAUCGCAGAAUUCACUAUUCUGCCCCUCACACUACCCCCGCUGCCCGGCCUCCCAGACCACUGCAACAAUGCAACGCACUACCUCUACGUCAAACCACAUGCGCCCAGCAUACCCAGCGUCUCGGACGAGCGCAGCCUCUUCAUCGUCAACGUGCCCAUCGACGCCUCUGAGCAGUCCCUCCGCGCAUUGUUCUUGGAGCAUCUCGGCGGCUCCAUGGUCGAGCGCGUAGACUUUGAUGCGAGUGUUCCCGCAGCGCCAAUGCACAAGCGAUGGAAAACGGAUACGCCUCGAGCACCACCACCAGGCACAGACGGAGCAGGCGGAGACGCAGCAAGAGGCAAGAAGCGGAAGAGGGCAGACGACCCGGCGAUUGUAGCAGAGGGCGUGGUUGAAGACGCUGAGAGCGCGCUGCCCAAACUAUGGAGCACAGAGAUACGGCGGAGCGGCAGCGGCACCGUCGUUGUAUUUGUCGAUCGCAAGAGCGCGAGAGGCGCCUUGAGAGAGGUCCAAAAAGCCGUCAAGGAAGGACGUAGUAUCGUGUGGAAGGGAGAGCAGAAUCUCGGUGUUGAGCGCUACACCACCCACCUCACCCACACCUACCCCACCGCCUCGUCCCUCCAAGCCUCUCUAAACGCCUACCUCACGCAAUUCUCCGCCCUCGAAUCAAUGCGCUCCCGCCUCCGCAAAACAGCCCGCUCCGCCCCAGACGCAGACGGCUUCGUCACCGUGUCCCGCGGCGCAGGCGCACGCACCGGCCCCGCGCGCAUCCAAGACGCGCUCAAAAAGAAAGAGGAGCUAGAUCGGCGCCGUGCUAAUCAUAGGGCUACCGAUGACUUUUAUCGCUUCCAGAAUAGAGAGAGGAGGAAGAGGGCGGAGGGCGAGUUGAAAAAGAGGUUUGAGGAGGAUAAGAGGAGAGUGCUGGGGAUGAGGGAGACGAGGGGGAGGGUUAGGCCUGAGGUUUGAGGGUUUGAGGGUUGGGAUUUAUGGUGGUGCUGAUGGUGGUGGUGGUGGUGAUGACGGUUAUGGAUGGGAAAAUAUAUACGUAAC